UUUUGUUGAUUGUAUCCGCAUGGUCAGGAAGAAGAAGUUGUUCAUUUCUCCUUGACCGUGGUAUUCGUAUGGCGGCUGGCAACUGACGGUGUGCAGGCCAAGCCAUUUUAUUGCGCCUUUAAUUAAGCACUCUAUCGAGCUCGGUUGUGAAACGUUGUGGAUGUUGUCAGGGCUUUUGCAACUGUAUAUUCAUUAGAGUUGGUCAGUCGACUCAUUAAUCAAGACCAACUGGCGUGAACGCGAACGUUCGUGUAGCGUUAGGCGGGAUUAAUCUCUUCGCAUUGUACCUGUUCAGGCAUCUAUAUUGUACUGGCCACAUCUCAGUAAUCGAAGAGGUUGUUAACUCUUCGUAACGCUCGCGAACACCCAGAACGCGAAUUGAACUCAUAAUAUGCAUUUUUUUCUUUUGUGUUUUUGUUGAAUCCCGUAUUAUAUAGUUGUUUUCGUGGAUCGGUCGUAGUAAUUGUCGCAUGAUGUUUGGCUGCAAUGUCAAAUGAAAUUGUGGCAGAAAUGAUGAAUAUUGACCCGGUCGCAAUCGCCCACCAUAAAGUCCUACGACCAACAAUGACUUUGUGGCUUUUAAUGUGUCAUCUUUUUUUUUCAUUUUCUUGUUUUAUCGCGUAGUUGCUUUUAUCGUGCCCCGUUGGCUUUUUAUCGCGGUUGGCUUCUAAACCCAAAAGACGGUUCCUUCACCGUAUCGGAUGUGCAGACGUCACACGUACCGCCCUUCGUUGAAAAUGUCAACAUACGUACAGUAGAUUGCCUACACCCACCCCCAUUUUCUUUUCCGUUUGUCUUUCAAUAACGAUCGAUUAUCCGAAUGGGUUCUAGCCUCCAUUAAAUUGUGUUCGAGGCAACGCAAUCAAUUUGAGAGUUUACGGCCCGUGAGUCGAGACUCGUCGCAUGGUGUUAUUCCGUCGUCACCAAUAGCUAGCCCUAAUGUAAAGUUUAAUGAAUGCGGAUUGGAAUCAGGUUUUGAAUUGCCAAAGGCAAACCGGUACACACUGCCGGCCGACGCUGGCCAUUGUCAAAUUGUUUAUCUAUUCUAGAUUUGUUGCUCCAAAGUCGUUUUCUCGUUAUAGGGCUGGAUUUUUUCUGCUAAUUGUAUAUCCUGGGAGAAAGAAAAAAAGAUAGUUUGGUUUGUGUAGACGAACAGCUUGAGCUGGCAUGAAAAACUAUUUUCGGGUUUUUAGUAAGCGAUACAAUGUUUUCAUUACUGAAAAGCGUAAACAAGAAAAGCAGGGUUGAAUUAUUUGUAUAGCACUCUGUGACCAACUGCUGUCCAUUGGAGCCAAACUCGAUUGGCAAUAUAAGUGUCGUCGUGCCAAAAGUCCUUCCUUUUUUUUUUUCUUGUUCCCUCCCUUUUCAAGUGUAGUGUGCUGUACACUGACCAGUGACAUUAGUUCUUUGUGACAAAUGGAAUCCUGAUCAAAACCGACCUGUGGAUUGAGCUGCAAGUGAUGGACACUCGACAAAGGGCAGCAAUCAAUGAAAGUGAACACCAAUCGAUGGCGUUCUAAUCAAGUGAAACGUUUGGCCAAGUGCUGUCACACCCAAUAGUCGGAGAGAGAGAACAAAGAUAAAACUCGACGCGCUAUGGUGGACAUAAGUGUUAAGGUGUUUGAAGAAAACAAACAAAAGAAGGGGAAAACGUUGAGCUAAUGUCCGAGCAAGUAGAAAAAAGAGGACAAGGAGAAGGAAAACUGAUAACAUGAUAUAAGUCUGUUGGUCUGCACUAAUGCUUCGUCAGUCGAAAGUCGAACUUGCAGCAAGGCGGUUUUAGUGGCAAAGUUUCCAAACAACUCUAUGUAGCGACAGGAACAAACAGUCGCAAGAGACGCACUCGUAUCAAGCAGCGUGUGUGGUGUGGCAAUCUGCUUCACCCAAGUUAUUCAACCGCGUGAUAGCAAACUGUAAGUGUGUUGGGUUUCACGUUGCCCAAUCAGAGCGCGGGCUAGUAGAUCGGUACGCAUAACAGCCAUUCUGCCCGCCUAGCCAAUUUUUCCGAAGCUCAUCAGAAAGCUGGGUUCAUUUUGCCUUAAAGGCUAGACAAAGGGAGGUGGGUAACUAUAGGAUCGCGGUCGGUUGAUAGCCUUGGCUGUCGCGCUUCGAGAGAAACGAAAGAGAGAGAGAAGGGAAAGUCAUCGCAGCCGGAGGCAAUCUGACGGAUUUCUCCGGGCUCGUCUUGCACAACUCGCUUCAGUUCCGCGUGGGACAUUCAACCAUCGCGUACGAAGCAGGUAUUCAUUCCUGCAAGAAAUUCAAGAAAAUGUCUGCCUUCAAGUUGUUGGCUGUCGUUGUGACGAUUCUGUCUGUAGCAAAGUUCAAUCGUGGCCAAGAUUUAGUCGAUCAAUUGGAGACACUGUGGAAGAUUCCUCUAACUAAAUGUUGUGUUAGUGAUUCCGAGUUUUAUUCGCUUGGUUUCGACUCGUGCAGCACAAAUGAAGAUACGCCUUCCAUGUGGCCACCACCAGUUUACUCGAUCAAGACAAAUCAAUCGGCCAUUUCAAGUUCCGUACGUUUUUCUUUGUCUUACAACAUGUCGACUUGCAUGCCAGGUUACGACAGCAAAAGUGCUAGAAAUUUUCGAUUAUACACGGACGGUACGGUGCAAGUAGGAGAUGCACGACUUAAGCCAGGUGAAUUUUGUCUCAACCAAAUCGCUUCAGGAGAACGCCUAACGGAUGACUCUGAAUUCGCCAUUCGUUACUGCAUUCCGGACCCGUGUAACCAAACGAAUUGCGUUCACAAAUGUUGCCCAAUGGGCAUGGCUCUCAACAUUACGACACAAUUAUGUCAGUCGUACAACGAACCUUUUGAUCUUGUUUUCCAUAAUGUAUCGGGUCAAGUAAUCUCACCGGAUCCUCGAUCGUACAUCAUCCGAGACGGAGAUGCACCACAAUGUCCUUACGGCAUGUUCCCACUUAUGCCCGAAAUGAAUCCAGAAGAUAUGUUCUACAUUCUACCUGAUGGACAGUUGUAUCUGCCGAGUUAUCCGGAAAAUGACAGAUAUUCCAAAGACUAUUGCAUCGAUGAUUUCUUCUCUGAGGAAGGCCACAUCAUUCGACAAGCAUUAAUGUGCUUUCCCCCGCAACCGGAAGAAUCGGCAGAUAACCAAUUGGUAUUGAAGGUGUUCCCUUAUUUUCUCUUCGUGUCGUCUCUCUUCCUGAUUGCCACAUUUGUCGUGUACGCCAUGAUACCGGAAAUACGCAACAUUCAUGGUGUGACGAUUAUGUGUCAUGUUGCAUCUCUGGCCGUCAUGUACAUCGGCCUAUGCGUCAUCCAACUGGGUUCUGAGAUGCCUGACGGUGCCUGCGUUGGAUUAGCGGUUAUUGUCCACUUUACCUUCUUGUCAACAUUCACCUGGCUGAACGUCAUGAGUUUCGACAUUUGGUGGACUUUCAGUCCGUUGAAUACGUCAACCAACGCCAAAGCGGCAGCUGUCACUUUCUGGAUGCAAAUGCUCGCCAAUAAAACGACGAGCUCCUCUUCCACCAUUACUCAGCCUCGCAAUCGAUUACCUACCGAUGAUGAUUACAUGACGGAGCACUCUGAUGAGUCGGGCUUAAUUCCGAUCUGUGAUUUACGACCACGCAAUUCGAGACACGGACGCCAGCAUCUAGGUCGCCGAAUCAUAUUCUAUUCCAUCUAUGCUUGGGGUGUUCCAUUUAUUAUCGUCUUGGUUGGCCAAAUCCUGGACCAUGUGAAAAAUUUACCGCAACACAUUGUUACUCCUGGAUUCGGUGAAGUCAAGUGCUGGUUUUUUGAGAAAGAAGCUUUCUUGAUCUAUCUGUAUGGUCCCAUUGCGAUUUUGAUUCUAAGCAACAUCGUCUUUUUCGUCAUGACGGCUAUUCUCCUUUAUCGGGCAAGCGUAGAUGCUGCAUUUGCUGUCAACAGCGCCCAUGCCAAGCAAAAGUUCCGCGUGAUUUUCAGUCUCUUUAUUCUAAUGGGAGUCUCUUGGAUGAUGGAAGUGAUCUCAUUUGCAGUUGGUGGCUCGGCUUACAUUUGGAUUCCAACCGACAUUCUUAAUAUCCUGACGGGCGUCUUCAUCUUUGUCAUCUUCGUCUGCAAGCCAAAUGUCUGGAAGCUACUGAAACUCAAAUGCCCAUGUCUGAAACGAUUGGACCGAUGCUGCCCAUCGUACAUGACCCGUUCAAACACACGACAGGGCACCACAACCCGCAGUACCAUGAAAGAAGUUUCUCAGACAAAGUCGUUGAACAACCUUGGUCAUCGUCACGUAGACGAUUCCAAGAAGAAGAUCGGAAUGAUGGACGCACCUACUCAAUCGACGCAACUGCGUGACUCCACUCAAGUCGAUUCCGGCGAUGAAAUGAUGGUCGACCACGAGUCCAUAAGAAUGGCUUGAAACUGAAGCAAGCUAUCGACCUAUUACGCAACAAAGGCAAAAGAGGUAGAAUCACUCAUGUCUAAAAAUGAAGUUGUCUAAAGCAUAAUGCACCUGUCUGUUGCCAAAAAACAAAAAAAGGAAAGAAAAAACAUGUCUAUUUAAGUCAUUUUGUCCCACAUCUGAUUUAAUACGUACUUGAUAAUUUCUAGUGUUUGUAUUUAUGUACCUUUCAAUUCUACGUACUAAUGUUCAUUUUCCAUCAUCAUUGUUCCUUGUUGACAUUUGGUUUGUUUUUUUACCACCAUUCACUAAUCAGUUUCAUGUCACAUUUUUCCUGUUGUUUAAAUGUUUAAAAAUUGUACGAAUAAAUGUCUUUUUUUAUGUUGUAAUUUAUAAAUUAUCAUUGAUGUGCUGGUACUUUAGUUUUAUGGCACUGCUGUAUAACGUUAUUGCUGUGUGUGUAAAGUUAAACUUUUGGCAAGCUUCGAA